UCAGCAAUCUUUGAAGGAGAGGGGAAACCGUGCAUGAGAGAUCACCAGAGCUGACUUGAGCGCACAGCAAGGCAGUGGGAUCAUUACUCAAUGAAAAUUGAAGUAUUGAGCCAUGCAGAAUGACAAAUGCUUGUUUAAAAAGGUUAAAGACUCGUUUUCUGUCUUGUGUAAUGAUGCGUGACAACGGUAUGAGGAUAACCUUGAUAAGUUCGACGACAAUGCUCCAAUUUUGGGGUGUUAUGAUUAUGAAACUGCUACACUUUUCAGCAUUCAGGAAAUAGGUUUAUAGAGAACAGUUAGGCUACUCAACGUAAGGAAAAGUAGUAUGCUGACAACAUUUUGCUCCUUGCUCACCGAACAGGACAGCGACUCAUGGGAUGUAGUGUGGGCUGUAGAACAAGGCUCAACUUUGGAAAGGCGCUGUCCAAAGUAUCCGUGUGUUUUACCAUGGUCGUGAUUUUCACCUAUUUCUUUUACUGUUUUACCGGAUUAUGUGACUCCGCGCCGAGACAGAUGUUCGACCAUCACACUGUAAACAGAGACUAUGAUAUAUCGGACCGUACGUACGAUAACCUGCGACCGUCAGCUCGACUCUAUCCUCACCAGCCGGGCGCACCGACUCCCUGGAACAGGACAGACACUUCAACGGGCGCCGCGCUCCACCGUGCAGACGAACAGGUCGCCAAGCUACAGUGGGUUGAAGGCGGACUGCUCCCACAAGUGAUACCGGAGAGCACCAAGGAAAAUCUAGCUGCUAACGGCAUCCCGGUGUCCAACACAUUUGAGAGUAAGAAGUUCCCACAAGCCAUCAUAAUCGGUGUGAAGAAAGGCGGAACGCGCGCUCUGCUGGAGUUCCUACGGAUUCAUCCUGACGUGAGAGCUGUCGGGGCAGAACCUCACUUUUUCGACAGGUUAUACGAGAAAGGACUUGAGUGGUACAGGAACCUGAUGCCUCGGACCCUAGAAGGUCAGAUCACCAUGGAGAAGACGCCCAGCUACUUUGUGACCAAGGAGGCUCCUCGUCGCCUCUGCACCAUGAACUGCCACACCAAGCUCGUUGUAGUCGUCCGCGACCCCGUGACCCGGGCAAUCUCCGACUAUACCCAGACGCUGUCCAAACAACCCGGCCUCCCCUCUUUCCAGAGCCUGGCCCUCAAGAAUACCUCUACGGGAUUGGUCGACACCUCGUGGAGCGCCGUGCGCAUCGGCCUGUACGCCAAGCACCUGGAGAACUGGCUCCAGCACUUCCCCUUAUCUCACUUCCUGUUCGUCAGCGGCGAGCGGCUGGUGUCCGACCCGGCGGGGGAGAUGGGCCGGGUGCAGGACUUCCUGGGUCUGAAGAGGGUGGUGAGCGACAAGCACUUUUACUUCAACCAGACUAAGGGAUUCCCCUGUCUGAAGAAGCCAGAGGGAAGCAGCAGGCCCCGGUGUCUGGGGAAGUCCAAAGGAAGGCCUCAUCCACAGAUCUCACCAGAGGUACUGCAGAGGCUCAGGGACUUCUACAGGCCAUUCAACCUCAGGUUCUACCGGAUGACUGGACAAGACUUUGGAUGGGACUGAGCCGUCCACCAAUGUUACAUGGAAAUCAAGCUAAAGGAUGAAAAUGAUUACUUUAAAACAUGUGUAGAGGAUACUGCUUUCAUCAAGACAGGAAACACAAGACUGACAUUACAUUUGUCAAUGAGGGAACAGGGGUUCUAGGUUACCACUUUGACUUGUGACAUGGUAUGCAUUAUACAAAAAUGUUGGCAUUUUUUGGUAUUUUAUGGAACAAUGAUAUAAAGCUGUCGUUUAUAGUUUCAGUUACAGUAUGUGUAUGUUGCUACAUGUAAGAAUAAUGUAAGAACUCAUUGUUUUGCCAGUGUAAAGUACAUGAACCAGGAGAUCAUGAUACAUGUCACACCGUAAGUAGACCAAAGGACGUUGAUGACUUGAUACCUCUGUAUGAGGAGACUCAUGUUACAAUGGAUUAUACAAAGGAUUUAUAACCAACCUGUUUCUGACCAGCGUGUGUGUGUGUGUGUGUGUGUGUGUGUGUGUGUGUGUGUGUGUGUGUGUGUGUGUGUGUGUGUGUGUGUGUGUGUGUGUGUGUGCAUGCUUAAGAUACCGUAAGAAAAGUGUAUUUAUUGCAAUAAGUGUACGUAGCUUUAAUUAUUCUUGUGAUCACCUAACUAAGCAACAAAACAUUUCUUUAUCAGGGUUGACAAUCCUUUUCUUUUGACUUUUGACUUGUGUUUUCAAUGGUACUGUAGAUCUAAAAACCAAAUGUGUAACUAUCUAUCAUUAUCUGUCAAGUCAAUCUAAUACCUUACCCUGUUUACAGCAUUUCCAUUGGGACAGUAUUCCAUUGGGACAGUAUUCCAUUGGGACAGCAUUUCCAUUGGGACAGUAUUACAUUGGGACAGUAUUCCAUUGGGACAGCAUUUCCAUUGGGACAGUAUUACAUUGGAUGAUGAACCUCUAUUAUAAAGACUUUGUACACAUAAUCCUUUUUCUUCUCCUUGGGUAAAGAGCUAAUUAUGAUGUGAUACUUAUUUCACCUUUUAACGCAAAGUUAUUUAAGCCUCAUUUAAAAUGAUGCUCUUACUUGCAAACCUUUGAUGCAUCCAACAAUGAUACCUCACUUAGGGUACAGAAACACCAUUUUUCAACCAAAACAGAUUUGUAUGUAUAGUUUGCCCUUCAAUGAUGAAAUGCAAUGUACAAUGAGUAUCAUUAUCUUGACGUUACCAGUUCACUUAACUCUACCAGGUCAUUUGUAAAUGUCAUGCUUAAAGAUUAUGUUUGUCAAAGUUUAUUUCCUUUCAAUUCAUAUUACUCUGUAAAAAUGUUCUAUUAAACCAUACUGAAGUUUACAACACUAUUGUACAUACUGAAAUGAGAAUAUGUUGAGAUGUUUAGUAAAGCUUCAUUUGAAAUGAA